AGCUUCUUUCUCAUAUAUCUUUUUUUUGUCUCUGGUGGGCGUAUACUCAUGAUGGUUCCAGCGCACAAUCAUGACUACACGGUCGGCGGGGAUGGAGUUGCGCAACUCGAAAAUAGACGCAUUCUUAUUGUUUACGGUUCCGAGACGGGGAACAGCCAAGAUUUGGCGGGUGAUUUGGAAAGGCUUGCAGAAAGGAUGCAUUUCAAGACAUUGGUGUGUGAGAUGAACGAUGUCGAACUUAACUCUUUACUACAAUAUCCUCUAAUCAUCUUCCUACUCUCUACCACGGGUCAAGGCGAAAUACCCCGGAACGCCCUUAAGUUCUGGAAGAGCCUCUUACGCAAACGCCUGCCGCCAAACUGUCUGCAGUCGGUUAACUUCACCACGUUUGGUCUCGGCGAUAGCUCAUAUACCAAGUACAACUGGGCAGUCAGAAAACUUCAUAAACGAUUAGAACAAUUAGGCGCGACCGAGUUCUACCCACGUGGCGAGGCUGACGAGCGACACGAAGACGGCAUCGACGGCACAUUUUUGCCAUGGUCGCUUAGUCUUCGAAGCCACCUAUUAAAAGAAUAUCCUUUGCCAGAGGGUUUAUCACCUAUACCUUCAGAUGUGCAACUAUCCCCAAAAUUCACAAUAGAGCUAGUUGCCAAUAUGGAUUCCUUAGAUGAGGCUAUGCCUGACCGCGAAACGCCCCAAGCUGGGAUUUCAACUAGUCCGCACUCACCCGCCACCGCUGCCGCCGCCGUCAUAGCACAGCCUGAAAAUGGUCAGGAACAGGUUCACGAUAGAAAAGCGGCGCUUUUCAGUCAUGUCGACAAUCCUGACCCCAAGCUCAUGGAACAUGCUUUACGCGCAGAGAGGAUGUCUGUCCACAGUUAUUCCUACUCUGCUCGUUUGUCGGAGAGCACAGCCAAGCAAAUUCCACGCGGAAUAGAUAGUCUAGAUCGGCCUAAUGUACUAAGGGAUCACCCAUCUAAAUAUUCCAUAGAUGAUUCAGUCCACUUCAAGGAAGCGACUCCUCCAGCGAAUCUACUCCCGAUACCCAGAGCUGCGCCGGCUAUUUUGAGGGAGAACCGCCGUGUCACCCCUAUAGAUCACUGGCAAGAUGUUCGUCAUCUGAUUUUCGACGUCCCUUCACAACCAAAUCCGGCUAGAAAAGGACAGCUCGAGCUCUUCAGCUAUGUACCAGGCGAUGCUAUUAUCAUCCACCCCAAGAAUUUUCCUGCAGACGUGCAGGCGUUAAUUGAUCUUAUGGGUUGGCAAGAUGUUGCCGAUCUACCCUUCGAGCAUCGAGCAAGGGAUCAGGAUCAGCUCUAUGCUGAACCCAAGAACUGUUACCCACUCCCCAACUCUACGUUACGACAGCUACUAAUACAUAAUUAUGAUAUUACUGCCAUCCCGAAACGCAUAUUCUUCUCGGAUAUCGCGUUCUAUACAGACGAUCCCACACAUCGAGAACGAUUGCGAGAAUUCGCGAACCCUAGUUUAUCCGACGAGUUCUACGAUUAUACCUCACGACCUCGGCGAUCCAUUCUUGAAGUCCUACAAGACUUCCCGUCCGUUAAAAUCCCCUACCAACAUGUACCCUCUAUUUUCCCCGUCAUGCGAGGUCGAGAAUAUAGUGCAGCGAGCGGUGGUAUGCUCCUAAGAGACGAAGAGAACGCACAAAUCACGCGGGUUGAACUCCUAGUAGCAUUAGUUAAGUACAAGACAGUGUUACGAAAGACUCGACAAGGGCUCUGCUCUCGCUAUCUAGCAUCCCUAACUCCGGGCACCAUCAUCCACAUUACCCAUAGAGAAUACGAUACCUUGGAGGCGAACUUUUGCCGCCGACCUUUAUUAGCUAUCGCGCCUGGUACCGGCGUUGCGCCCAUACGAGCCCACGCGUGGGAUCGCUACGACGAACCGCGGGCCGGCGACGCUCUGUUAUUCUUCGGUGGCCGAAAUCAAGACGCCGACUUCUACUUCCGUAACGAGUGGGAGAGACUCGGGAUCAAGGUCCUCACGGCUUUCUCUCGGGACCAGGAUCAGAAGAUCUAUGUUCAAGACAGAAUCCGCGAGAACGCAUCACUAGUAUGCGAAUUUAUUCAUAAGGGUGCGGUAAUUUGCAUAUGCGGAAGCUCAGGCAAGAUGCCGGAGGCCGUGAGGUUGGCGUUGUACGAUGCUAUGGUAAUGGGACGUUUGGCCCCGGAUCGAGAGUCGGCGAAGAAGCUUCUACACGCGAACAAUCCGAUUUGGGAGGAAGUUUGGUGAUUGGUGAUAAAAGGGGUGUUCCGGUGGUCAUAUCAUCACUUACAUAAGACUGUAACGUUAACCAGGCAUAGUACUCGCAUUCGAGCUUCGGUUGAGCUAGGCCAGAUAUGUAAUGACUAAUUUUCAGUGUUACUGAGCUCGUUUGCACCGAGGUGAAUUGUUUAAUAUAGAUAUCGGGUAGAUUUGCUAAGCGGUUUUGGUCUGUCAUAGGCUCAUUCAUCGGGCAAAGAACUCUCGAAAUGAUACGAGCAUAGGGGCUGAAGUAGGAGGACUACAAGAUACGAAGCUACUUCGUAAGUGCUACCCAUAAUAUCUAAUAGACUAUUAGCAUAGCUCUUGCGUACCCAUGGCCUAG